CCGGCGCAGAUGUACGUGUAUGCUACGCUGAAACUUUUCCAAGUUGUCCACUGAACGCGCAAAGCUUAAAGCAGUGUUAUAAUAAUUCGAUUUAUAAAUUUUUCGUUGUUGUGACAUGUGUGAUUUCAAAAAUGGAACAACAAGUGUGGUGAUGUGAAAAUUUCAGUAUGCAAGGUUGAAAAUAAUGUGCUAUGUCAACUUUGGGUGUGUGAUAAUCGUUUCGCAAAUAAGCCAUAAGACAGCCGUCGUGCUGUUUGCUUCUUGUAUGCCGUUUGUGUUAGCACAGAAGGCCUGAUAAAGAACAAAGAUUAAUCUUAUCUACCGCGUUCAGGAGUUAAACAAAAAUGGACACAAGUACGCCUGGCUCAGCUCAAGAUGACGACGCGGACUGGGCUCAUAACGUUUCAUUAGAAGAAUAUUUAAGUCAUAAUUCCUCACAAGAUGUUUUUGACACCUUGUACGAUGUUCCCACGGGAUUGAUAGUAUUAUUAUCGUUCCUGUACGGCUCCAUAUCUGUAUUGGCUGUGAUAGGGAACUUUCUGGUGAUGUGGGUUGUCGCAACAUCGCGUCGAAUGCAAAGUGUAACUAACUGUUACAUUGCUAAUUUGGCGCUGGCUGAUAUAGUUAUAGGAUUAUUUGCAAUACCAUUCCAAUUUCAAGCGGCUCUCCUACAACGAUGGCUCCUACCUCAUUUCAUGUGUGCAUUUUGUCCAUUUGUGCAAGCUCUGAGUGUAAAUGUCAGUGUGUUUACAUUAACCGCGAUUGCCGUAGACAGACACCGUGCUAUCAUAACACCUCUCAGUGCUCACACAUCGAAGCGAGUGGCCAAAGUGAUAAUAGUACUAAUAUGGAUUUUGGCCUUAUCUCUCGCGGCACCAAUGGCCAUGUCCUGGGAGGUCGUCAUGGAACAAGAGCAGGAUCCAGUAUCGAAAAUGGUUUAUAACAAGCCCUUCUGCACGGCAAGUGAAUUCGGAUCAAAUUCUCUCGCGAUUUAUCGACUUUUGCUGUACAUUUUUCAAUAUGUCAUACCACUAUGCGUUAUAACAUUUGCAUAUGCACACAUGGCUAUGAAACUGUGGGGUGCAAGAGCUCCCGGUAACGCUCAAGAAACCAGAGAUGCUAAUCAUAUGAAGAAUAAGAAAAGGGUAAUUAAAAUGCUUGUAUUGGUGGUAGCUUUAUUUGCAAUCUGUUGGCUGCCUUUACAAAGCUAUUUAUUGCUGCAGACGUUGUUUCCAUCUAUUAACGAAUAUAAAUACAUAAACGUGCUCUUCUUCUGUUUUGAUUGGUUGGCGAUGAGUAACUCUUGUUACAAUCCAUUCAUCUAUGCUAUUUAUAAUGAAAAGUUCAAAAAGGAAUUCAAGCAGCGGUUUACCUUCGGUCAGAAGCGGAAUAGAUUUAAUAAUGAUAGCUAUGAUGACGGUCAAUCUUACAGAACGCGCGUCUUAUCAAUUCGUUCAACAAACGAAAGAAGUGUUUAUUUAACGCGAAAGCCCGUCAACGCUCCUGAUUCCAUAAAAGUCCUUCGCAAUUCUUGUCACUGUUCAAGAAAUGGAAAAGAAAAUAUUGGAAACCAUUACCGCUUAAAAGCCGACUUUGAUACAUACAAAAAUGGAAAUCAGUACGCACGAGAGCCGAGAAAAAGUACGAAACGUAUUUCGAAUGACGAAGACUUCCCUACAGGUGAUGAAAGAGUGAGUGAAUUGUACAUAUUCCCGAAUAGCAAUAUUGUUGAAUUUACUGACAAUUUAUGUGAUAAUAAAGUGUAA